AUGCUGCUAUUACCCGACGUGCAAGGCAAGGCACAGCAAGAGCUCGACCAAGUCGUCGGCUCCGGGCGGCUCCCAGACUUCGAGGACCGCGGUAAGCUGCCGUUCGUGGAAUGCGUGCUCCAGGAGACCAUACGAUGGUACCCAAUCGCUCCGUUGGGGAGAGAAUCCCCGAUGGGCACUCGGAUGUUGCUGACCUUAGACCUCUAG